CGGUACAUGUCAUAUAUUAUCUUAGUCAACAAAAAAAUAUCGUUUUGUUCAAAAGAAUUAAGCAACUGACCUCCCUAAUAUUGAGUAAAACCAAUAAGUAAUCAAAUUUUUUUUCCUAUUAAAAUGAUUAUUUGUUAGUUUAAUCAAAACAGUGAUUUCAUGUCAUGUGCCAAACAAACUAAAAAUCUGUAAACUCUUAUUUUCGACACAAAAUAUGUUUUUUGCAGAUACUAUUUGUUUAUAGACGAGAAACUAGUUUAUUUUGAUUUGUUUUUCAUUUUAAAGCAACCAAAGAAAAUUAUUAUAAUGUAUUGAACAGGUGUUAUUAAGAGACAUAAGUAAUGAAGAUUCUUUUCGGGUAUACCAGAUUUUUUUAAUUCAAGUCUCACUGUUAAUUAACAAAAUUUGUUAAUUGCUGAACAUGGUAAUAAUAAUAGUGUAUACAAUAGCUGUCCCAGAUUCAAAAGUAGUAUUCUUAAACAAUAUAAUUCAUUAUUCGUAAAUUACUACUAAUUCGUCAAUCAACAAAAAAAUAACUUUAUAUUGUUACUUUUGGAGUAAUCUUAAAACUCACAAUGCCAUUUAAAAUAAUAAUGUCAAUGGAUGAAAAGACAUUGAAGAAAAGAUGAAAUGGAUGUCGACGCAGAUGUUCGAGCACAAUCAUUUCAUAAUACUGUACGAGAAAAUAUUAUAUUUCUUCUUCUUUACUUUCUUUUGUAUAUUUCAAGUUAUUUAUUAAUUGCAAAAUGUUAUCGGAAAGAUCGUGAUUUUUAUUGUACCGUCGAUGAAGAUGAAGCUACAGUUCAUAAAAUUAGUAUUUGGCUUUGCACGGCUGUUUUGGCUGUGUCUCUCGGAGCAACUUUAUUACUGCCAGUCUCAAUUAUAAGCAACGAAAUACUUAUUAUUUACCCGGACAGUCACUAUGUUCAAUGGUUGAAUAGUUCUCUUAUACAAGGUCUUUGGAAUCAUGUAUUUUUAUUUUCCAAUCUAUCACUAUUCGUUUUUUUACCAUUUGCUUAUUUUUUCACGGAAUCUGAAGGCUUCGUGGGCAAUAAAAAGGGCGUGAUGUCAAGAGUGUAUGAAACUGUGGUUGUGCUUUGUUUGAUAGGAAUUCUCAUCCUUGGAUUGGCUUAUGUAUUAUUGGGUCUUACAGACUACUACGAAUCAAGUUUUUUCACAAUGCUCAAUUUAUGGAGAUAUUAUGUACUCUUUAUGUAUUCGUGCGUAUCUUUUGUUGGAGUCCUAAUAUUACUAGUGUGCACGCCGUUGGGGUUUGUCAGACUGUUUGAAGUUGUGGGAUCGUUACUGGUAAAACCACAAUUUUUGAGGAACUUAGAUGAUGAGUUCCUAGCGUACAAGUUAGAAGAAGAUAGUAUAAGAAGAAGGCUUCAUAGUCAUGAGUCGAGAGAUGAUGUACAUACCCAAUCAAUUUCAAUGCUGCCACCCAUUUAUGAUACGUUAUUUGAUGAUGAAGAGCAGUGUAUAAACAAAACUUCGACUUCUACUUUUUUCGAAACCAGAAUACUUAAACAAAACCUGGUCGAAAGGUUGAUUAAAAUUCAAUUCCAACUACAGGUUUUAGACCAACAAAGGAAAACCUGGUGGGUAAGAAGAACUUUAUUGUAUCCUUUCGCAAUAUUAGCUCUGUUUUUUUUGUCUACAACGACUGCAUUACUGGCUUUCCAAAAUACGUUGGAAUUAUUAAUUGGAAUUAAAGCACUGCCAUUAAUUACACGGCAAUUCACUCUUGGGAUUAGUUCAUUAUCAAAAUUGGGACCAAUAGGUGCAGUAGUAGAAGUAAUUGUUAUUUUUUACGUAGCAAUUACAAGUACUGUUGGAUUAUACGGAUUACCAGGUGUGAAUAAAAUUAUGCCACAACCACGAGGCACUCCGCUAACACAUCUCAUCGCGAACUGUGUGCUUCUUCUUAUUCACAGUUCAGCAUUACCACUCCUUUCACGAAUAUUAGCUUUAGCAAGAAGUUUCAACCUGAGUUAGAGAUUAAAAAAUCGCAGAAAAUCUUAAAGAAAGUUUCUCUGAACUCGUGAUACGACAACUUAGAGUAUCGAUUUGAUAGAAAUCUGGAAAAUGGUUGACCUGUGGGCCAGCCUCAUGCUACCAGGAGUCUUGAUCCCUCGACAAAAUAUCCCCAUAAUAAAGUUUUCCCAACGAUAAUUUUUUUAAUAUCGAAUUUAUAUUAUUCUUCAAUUUCAAAUAUAGUUAAUUGAGUUGUAUAUUUGUUUAUAAUAUGACUUUAUCAUAUUUUGUAACUUGAAUUUCGAUGCCCGGAGAAAAUGAUUCUGCCUUACUAUACAAAAUAAUGUAUUAUUCUAUAUGAUUGUGUUAUGUCAGAAAUUAACAUAAAUGUUGUUUUUGUGGGUAUAUGGCCGAAGCCGAAGCCUUUAGACCGGGAACCCCAGAGAUUUUAUAUCAAGAAGGAUGGGUUUAUUUUUGAAUUAAUUAAACGAUGUAUAAAUUUUAAUUUUUAACUAUAUUGUCAACUCAAUUACAAAAACUGUUGAGGUUUGAAGAUUAUGUUCCUGAUAACAAAGUUUCUAA